UAAACAAAUCCCUGCUGAGUCCAGUACUCUGGGGGAAAAAAACUGUUUUCAUACUUUCCAUAUAUAGGUUAGAGUGUUUAGACUAUGUGCGCACUGGUUUCAUCUGAUUACUCAUCAGCUAGGCCUGCUUAAUAUUUAACUUCUGAGCAACAUGCAGACACUGUGACUAACCUAAAGAUAAGGAGCUGAUGGGGGAAAAAAAAAGAAAAGAAACAGAACUGUUUGUCCAAUCGUGGUUUACUGAACACAGUCACUUCCUCAUAGGAACACAUAAAGCGAGGCCAGGCGCUCGGCGAAGCCAACACACUCUGUGUGACGAGGCCAAUGCAAUUCUGCUCAAGCUGGUUGUCUACAUUUUCUGUCGGGGGGGUAAACUCCUGAGGAUCGGAUGAAGAAACAGAUUUUGCUCUUUUUUACAUUCAGAGGACUAGUGAGGAAAGGGAAAAAGAGUAAAAGGAGAAAAUGGCCAACUUUAUAUUACGGAAAGCCGAAUCCAAGGAUGUGUCAGAUAUCUUGCGACUCAUAAAGGAACUUGCUAAAUAUGAAGAAAUGGAGGAGCAGGUCGUAUUGACUGAGAAAGAUCUUCUUGAAGAUGGCUUUGGGGAUCAUCCAUUCUACCAUUGUUUUGUUGCUGAAGUCCCAAAAGAUCAACAGAGCUCAGAGGGAUACACUGUGGUCGGCUUUGCCAUGUACUACUUCACAUACGACCCUUGGAUCGGAAAGCUACUCUACUUGGAGGACUUUUACGUCAUGGAGGAGUUUAGGGGUUUUGGCAUUGGAUCACAAAUCCUGAAGGUUCUGAGUGAGACAGCAGUGAAGACCCGCUGCAGUAGCAUGCACUUCAUUGUAGCAGAAAACAACACGCAGUCAAUCGACUUCUACAAGCGCCGAGGAGCAUCUGACCUGUCUUUGGAGGAAGGCUGGCGUCUUUUUGCAAUCCAAAAGGAAGAACUGCUGAAAAUCACUGCCAAAUAGAGUUGACUUGUACUUGUAAUGAUUAGCGAUAGCAAUGAUCCUGAUUUGUUGUAGCACUUAGGCACAGUUUCAAUAAUUAGUCUACAUUUAUCAAUUGAGUUUCUUCCACCUGUAAUAUAGCUAUAAGAACAUUUUACUUACACUAUUAUGUUAUUCUCAUUUAUAUGUUUUUGUCCACUUGGUAUGGUGUGUUUAACAAUGAAAUCAAGUGUGCACUUGUUUUGAUGGGCUGACAGAAAACUAUUUUUCAUGUCAAAUGUUAUGCUCAAAAUUGACUGAUCUGUGUUUUGAGUAGCACUUUGUGAAUGAUGGGGUAAAGUUCCCUCAUAAAAAUCCUCGCCUGAUAAUAAAAAUUAAAGAGGUAAAAUGUGUUUUUAUCUAUCUGGUUUUUAUCUAUCUGUUUUGCCCUAGUGUCCAUUUUGUCAACAUAUUAUUGGAAGAAAAAUAGUCUUCAACAACGCUUUUUUCAUGAUGAAAUGCUGAUGUUAAUAAGUUGCUGUGUG